AUGUCUAUUGCUGAACAAAAGGCCGAUGCACUGUGCUACUACGACUAUUGCUUGAACAUCAGCCGUGAAGUAGAACUCAUAUGGAAAGCCAAGCUGUCACUCGGCACGAUCCUCUACUACACACUGAGAUAUCCCGCUAUGUUGUUCCCGGUGGCCGAGAUAAUGAUGCGGAUAUUUUGGCCAUGGCAGUCUGAUCAAUCUAAGACACUCUUUCAACAAGCUGCCGAGUUCUACUCAGCGCUGCGCGUGUACGCCAUGCAUGGCCGUAGCGGAUGGCUCUCAGCCUUGACGCUGGUGUCCGGUUUGAUCAAUCCUGCCAUUUUCAUCUAUCUUUUUACUAGAUCUAUUCCAUCGUGGAAGGAAGUGCAGGGCUUUGGAGCAUGCAAGUCUAAAAUUGCUGGAAACACCCUGACGUUCGAAAACUGGGCGAUUGGGGCACGGGCUGCCUCAUUGGUGUCGGAUGGUUUCGUUCUCUUUUUAACUUGUGCGACGACGCUGCGAGCUCCGAAACGUUUCGGACCAGCCGGUCAUCACGAUGGACACGGCGACAUCACAACAAUUCUGCUUCGAGACUGGAUCGUACCAAUAGGCAUAUAG